CACACACACAGAGAGGAGCGGAGGAUAUACAGCGCAGGAAGAGUCAACUUGUUUGCGCGUUCAUUUUUCACGCACAGCUCCACUUCUGCAAGUGCACAACUUCGCAGCUCUUUGGACAGAAACACACUUUUUUUUUUUUUGUUUUGGUGUUAAGAGUAAAUCAGCAUCUAUCAUUAGUUCAGUCACUGUUUCAACUCUCCGGGUCGGACCUGGCGUUGACCGGUGAUGGACACUGAUUUGGUAAAGAACGCGUCCGCAGUGCGCGCGUGAUCUUCUCUGACCGUGGAUUUCACUUCACAUUUCUUAACACCACCAGCGGGACUUUGCCGCAUCGACGGGAUCCUGCUCAUCAUUUACUGGAGUGGAUUUGUUUUUUUGUCAUUUGUAUCCAGGAUGCGAGCCAUCUCAUCCAGACACCGCUAUCUGCUACUGCACUUAUUUGCCAUGUGCUACUACACUCAGGUAACCAAUCAGUCCCCGCCUAAUUUCACGCAGCAUGUAAGCGAGCAGAGUAAAGUGACGGACCGCAUGAGCCGCAGGUUGAUCCGGGUCUACCAGCUGUACAGUCGAACCAGCGGCAAACACGUCCAGGUCCUGCCCAACAAGAAGAUCAACGCCAUGGCCGAGGACGGAGACGUUCACGCUAAACUCAUUGUGGAAACGGACACAUUUGGGAGCCGAGUGCGCAUUAAGGGAGCUGAGACAGGCUUCUACAUCUGCAUGACCAAGAGGGGGAAGCUCAUCGGCAAGAAAAAUGGCCAAGGUCACGACUGCAUCUUCACCGAGAUCGUUCUGGAGAAUAACUACACAGCGUUAAGGAAUGCCCGCUUCGAGAGCUGGUACAUGGCCUUCACUCGCCGCGGGCGGCCACGGAAGGGCUCGCGGACGCGCCAGCACCAACGUGAAGUCCAUUUCAUGAAGAGGUUGCCAAGGGGGCAGCAGCCCGCACACUCCAGCAGUCACCGGGCUUUUGACUUCAUCCACUACCCGUUCAGUCAAAGGACUAAACGUGCACGAUACUCAUCGGAGCGCUAAGGAGGAGGAAGAUAGAAAAUACAGAGGGACUGAAUUAGCAGCAGCCACACACUCCUCUGCUCUCUACAAAAACAUGGGGGGGACAUUUUAUCCUGAGCAUUACUAUAUCCUAAUAUGAAGUUAAGGAAAAGGAAAGUUGUAUAUAAGAAAAAAUUAGAAAUCUAUUUUUGUACUCCAGACUUUUAGUUCUGACUUGUGUAAGAAAAAAAAAAAGAAAAAAAAAGGAAAAAAUCUUUGUGUUUAGA